UUAAGUCUGUCUAUGAACUUAGCUCAGGGCAGUCUCUCACUCCCCCCUUUCUUUCUUUCUAAGUGAAGCGCACAAUUGAGCUUCCAGUUCAUCUGAAAGUAAGGCAUUGUUGAGCUUCAGCUUCUUCAAAAUGUCAUUUUUAUCUAAUUGGAACCAAUAAGCUAUGCCCCCCCAUUGUGUAGGCGUUUUGGUUUCAACUGGGUUGAUGAUGUCAUCUUACACAGGAACUGUCUAAUCGUGGGCUCAUGAAGCAGAUAAAUUUGCUUCUCAGGGUAGCUUUUGCUUAUGUGUUAGCUGCUGCUCCUUGGGUUUACUUUACGAGGAGGAUGAAACCCAUUCGAGCUGAGCUGAGCUGAGCUGAGCUGACUGGCUUUCUCACUGAUCAACUCACCCUAACUGCGAUGGGAGCAAGGCAGGCUUUCACCGUUGGCUGAAGAAACUUUCAACAAUAUCAAAUUGCUUGGGGCAACCUCUUGACUAUCGAUCCUAUGGUUCCAUGAUUAUGGCCUACAUUAGAGCUUGCCACUCCCGACAUAGGAGAGGCUUCUUUACUCGGAGAAAUGAACUAUCUGUGCGGAGAGAGAGAGAGAGACUUACAAGGCCUUUUUUGUUACUCUAAGGGAAGGAGCCAAGCGAUGCAGUUCAAGUUUCGGGGGUUACUCACUCCUUAUGUGGACUGCUCAUAAUUAAACGCAUACAGUGUCUCCUCCAGAAUGUACGUUUGGCUUUUGAGAAUCAGAGGACAGCUAAUGACAAAGUGUGUGGCUCUUGUGCUGUCUGCAUAUAUAUAUAUAUGAAAAGGAAGAAAUGAUUGGUGAUGUGUUGUCGAACAAGUUGAGUUACUUACUUGUCAGGGAAUUUUCAUGCCACCAAGACCUUCUCUGACAGGCUGCUUAUUAGAAGAUCUCGCUACACAUCAUCCCCAUAAUAAUAAGCAACAAGAAGAAGCUGGUGGAGAAGAAGAGGGUAGGGUGCCUUUGAAGAGAUGAGUACUACUAGUAAACAGAGUACCUACUACCACUCAUGCUGCUACCUUGACCCACACGCAACACCAAUCAGAAUAGUAAGAUUUUAUUACCCCAAAAAAAAAGUGAAUGAUUUAUUUUAUUUUAUUUUAUUUUGUUUUUUUGGUGUCUUAAUGGGGCAGUCAAUGCUUGUUAAUUUAAGAGGUAAAGAGAAGAAGAGAGGCUCAAGGGGGUGAUGAUACUAUUAAUAGGAAUCUCUAUUUGUAAGCUGAGCCAUACAUGCAAUUCCUCUUCCUCUACUCUAUCUAUCAUGAUGCUGAUGAAAUCACUCGUCUCUCUUCUUCAUCCACAUCUCAUCUCAUCUCUCUUUACCGUCUUCCACCAAUAUGUCCUUCUCCGAUUCAGAAUCCUCCUCUCAUCCCCGCGAUGGCGGAGAUUAUAAGUUCUUUCGCCAGAUCAGUCGCGAUCGGUUGCUACACGAGAUGCUUGGAUCUACCAAAACUGGGGAUUCAAAAGCUUGGAAGAUACUUAUCAUGGACAGAGUUACGGUUAAAGUUAUGUCAAAGUCCUGCAAAAUGGCUGAUAUCACCGACCAAGGCAUUUCCUUGGUAGAAGAACUUUUCAAGAGAAGGGAACCAAUGCCUGGCAUGGACGCUAUCUACUUUAUCCAACCUUCCAAAGAAAACAUUGUUAUGUUUCUAUCUGACAUGUCUGGGAGGGAACCCUUGUACAGAAAGGCAUUUAUUUUUUUCAGUUCAACGAUCCCCAAAGAACUGGUGAAUCACAUCAAAAGUGAUUCAAGCGUCUUACCACGCAUUGGGGCCUUAAGAGAGAUGAACAUGGAAUACUUCCCCAUAGACAAUCAGGGAUUUCUAACUGAUCACGAUCAAGCAUUGCAAACGCUCUAUGCUGAAGAUGCUGAGAAUUCUCGCCAUUUUAAUAUUUGUUUGAAUAUGAUGGCUACUAGAAUCUCUACCGUGUUUGCUUCCCUCAAGGAAUUACCCUUUGUUCGGUAUCGAGCUGCCAAGUCCACGGCCCCACGUGACUUGGUUCCGUCAAAGCUUGCUGCUGCUAUUUGGGACUGUAUCUCUAAAUUCAAAGCCAUUCCCAACUUCCCCCAGACCGAAACAUGUGAGCUGCUCAUUGUGGAUAGAUCAGUGGAUCAGAUUGCUCCUAUCAUACAUGAAUGGACCUAUGAUGCUAUGUGCCAUGAUUUGCUUGAUAUGGAGGGGAAUAAACAUGUUAUUGAGGUUCCCAGUAAAACUGGUGGGCCUCCGGAGAAAAAGGAGAUAGUGCUUGAAGAUCAUGAUCCAGUGUGGCUUGAGCUUCGACACACACAUAUAGCAGAUGCUAGCGAGCGUUUGCAUGAGAAAAUGACCAACUUUGCUUCAAAGAACAAAGCCGCACAAAUGAGAUCAAAAGAGGGUAGCGAGUUGUCUACGCGUGAUCUGCAGAAAAUAGUACAGGCAUUGCCACAAUAUGGAGAGCAAGUUGACAAACUAUCCACUCAUGUAGAGAUAGCUGGAAAAAUUAACAGAAUAAUAAGAGACACGGGACUUAGGGAUCUAGGGCAGCUGGAACAAGAUCUUGUUUUCGGAGACGCAGCUGCCAAGGACGUUAUCAAUUUCCUCAGGACAAAUCAGGACACAAACCCGGAGAACAAAUUGCGACUAUUGAUGAUUUAUGCAACGGUGUACCCGGAGAAGUUCGAAGGUGACAAGGGCGUGAAGCUAAUGCAGCUUGCUAAGUUAUCACCAGUGGAUAUGAAAGUUAUAAGCAACAUGCAAUUGAUAGCUGGCUCUCCAGAAAACAAGACUAAAUCCGGUAGUUUCUCCCUCAAAUUUGACACCGGAAAGACAAAACAAGCAAACAGGAAAGAUAGGUCUGGUGAAGAAGAAACGUGGCAACUGUUCCGGUUUUAUCCCAUGCUCGAGGAGCUACUUGAGAAACUUGUGAAAGGGGAUCUGUCCAAAAGCGACUAUUUAUGCAUGAACCAAUCGAGUCAUAAGGAGGAGGAGAGUGAAUCCCGAACAGGAUCAGUGAGGAAGAGCUCUGCUCCUACGGCGGUUCCAGAGCGGAAAGCCACCCCUCACUCUAUGAGAUCAAGACGGACAGCAACUUGGGCACGUCCUCAUUCUUCUGACGAUGGCUAUUCCAGUGACUCGGUGCUGAAAAGUGCUUCACUGGACUUGAAGAAGCUGGGGCAACGCAUCUUUGUGUUCAUUAUUGGUGGGGCAACUCGAUCCGAGCUCCGAGUUUGCCACAAGUUGACAAGCAGUUUGAGGAGAGAAGUGGUACUAGGCUCCACUAGUUUCGACGAUCCCCCACAAUACAUCACGAAGCUGAAACUGCUGUCGGAGAAAGACAUAGCGGGGGCUCCUGCUCAGCCCUUCAAACCACAAUACUGGUGAACUUGACGUAGCAGCUCAAGUCAACCUUUUAAGACAAACAUAAAAGAAGAAGUUAGUUUUGUUGGUUAGUCAACCGGCACACAUUGAACUGUUACUGUUCUUGCUUCUCCAACUCUUUACUUUUUGCUUCUUUUCUUUAUUUUUGUUUUUUCCUUUCAUUUGAUGGACCUUAUUCUACGUGUCACCAUUAACUCUAGUCUCUUUGUCGUUAAUAAUUUUUUUUUUAAAGUCUUAAAACCU